CCCGUGUAACAUGGUGGGGAAGCACUGCGAGAGCAAAAGGAGGUUUGGAAGAAUCAGAGAGAAUGCAGCCAUUUAUAUGAGAUGGGAAGCGACGCGCCCGAUUCCCCAGCAUCUCUAUGGCUCGUUUGAAGUGGGACCUGCAAAAACGGAGGAGGACGCCGCCCCUGGAAAGAAUGAGAAUGUGUCCAAAAUCACGGGUGUAUAGAAUGCCUAUUGAUACGACCCGGGGCCACGGAAUCAGUGCAAGCCACAGAUUUUAUAGAAGAGCUACUCCCAUAUGAAGAUGGGACUGCUGGUGUUUAUGCGUAACGUGCUACUUGCUCUCUGCCUCUUUCUGGUCUUGGGGUUUCUGUAUUACUCAGCUUGGAAACUGCAUCUUCUCCGAUGGGAGGAUUCGAAUUCAGUGGUUCUUUCCUCUGACUCCGUUGGACGUUCAAUAGGCUCAGAAUAUGACAAACUGGGAUUUCUUCUGAAGUUGGAUUCCAAACUGCCUCCAGAGCUAGCAUCGAAAUAUGGUAAUAUCUCAGAGGGUGUUUGCAAGCCUGGGUAUGCUUCUGCUUUGAUGACUGCCAUCUUUCCAAAAUUCUCCAAGCCAGCACCAAUGUUUUUGGAUGAUUCCUUCAGGAAAUGGGCAAGGAUCCGGGAUUUUCUUCCACCUUUUGGGAUUAAAGGACAAGAUAAUCUAAUCAAAGCCAUCUUGUCAGUAACCAAGAAUUACCACCUUACUCCAGCUCUUGACAGUCUUAGUUGCCGACGAUGUGUUAUUGUGGGAAAUGGUGGCAUUCUAGCAAACAAGUCACUAGGGUUGAAAAUUGAUGACUAUGAUAUUGUUAUCAGGCUGAAUUCUGCUCCAGUGAAAGGCUUUGAAAAAGAUGUUGGUGGCAAGACAACAAUGCGGAUAACAUAUCCAGAAGGGGCUAUCCAGAAACCAGAGCAGUAUGAGAAGGAUUCCCUGUUUGUACUGGCAGGAUUCAAGUGGCAGGAUUUCAAGUGGCUGAAGUACAUUGUUUAUAAGGAAAAAGUGAGUGCUUCUGAUGGCUUUUGGAAGUCUGUGGCAACCCAUGUUCCAAGAGAGCCCCAUGAGAUCCGAAUACUGAAUCCAUAUUUUAUCCAGGAGGCAGCCUUCAGCUUUAUUGGCCUUCCUUUCAACAAUGGCCUGAUGGGCAGAGGGAACAUUCCUACUCUGGGAAGUGUAGCAAUUACCAUGGUUCUCCACAAUUGUGAUGAAGUAGCAGUGGCUGGAUUUGGUUAUGACAUGAACUCUCCCAAUGCACCACUACAUUACUAUGAGAAUAUAAAGAUGUCUGCCAUCAAAGAGUCCUGGACACACAACAUCCAGCGAGAGAAGGAGUUCCUACGAAAACUGGUAAAAGCUCGAGUAAUCACAGACCUCACCAGUGGGAUCUGAAGAAAAGCACAGCCACUGUGCUGGAGAGCACAGCUACGUGUAUCCAGCUAAGGACGAGGGCAGCAAGAGGUCUUUAGCAAGAAUUCCGGCUUCUUAGAAAUGCCCUGAGCCCUUGGAUCGUCUCCCUGGCUUGCUUUGUCUGCCUGCAUCAGGGCCAGCAGGGGAGCAGCAGCUCUUGGUUUAAGAGGGCCGGGCCCUCACUUGGAACUGCAGGAGGAUGUUUUGCUGGAGAUAAAACAUCAGUGGAGAGAAGAAAAAUAGGCCUGUGAAACAAAAUAAAUUUGUGCCAAGCGGGAACAGGAGCCAGGCCGGAGGCAGCAGUGUUUGAAUGUACAAGGAACUAUUUUUUUUAAUAGCAAGAAACAAGAAUUACAGUAAACAUACCAAUGGGCAAAGUGGAGCCUAGCCUUUGAACAGGCCCAGUGGGACACUUCCUUUACCACUGCAUUUAGCCUGUCCCUGGGCCAGCCAUGGCUCCUUUGCAGGGUCUCAGUUCAUCCAAGGUUUGUCUGUCGGUGCUGCUAUAAUGUCAAGGUAUUGUGACCUCUCUUUGCUCUAGUUGGAGCAAAUUAGAGUUUUGUUAGAUCUUUGGACUCCCUGCUUCUCAGGGGGCCUCCACUGCUGCCACUGUUCAUCUGGCUGCAUGUUUAGACUAUUCAUGAACCUCACCUCAUCAUAUUGGGGAGCUUAACCUGCUUUGCAGGUUCACCUCAGAUUCUGCUGGCAGAUAACCCAGUAUUUGUUUUCAUUAGCUUCUGUAUCAUGCUUCUGAACAGUAUGAUACUUUUUCUGUUCUUGUUUCUUUGGAGAAGGAAUAAUUUAUUUUUGGAUAAGGACCAAAACUGUCCUAAAAUAUGAAGAUUUAUCAAUGUUUAUGGUACCAGAGAUUUUUCAUUCAUUCUACUACACUUAGUUUAUGAGAAUAAUACCUUGAUAGGGUGUAGAUUUUUCUGUACACUAUGAUAAGAGAUGACAACUACCUUGUUUUUCAGCUUCCGUAUGUCUGAUUUCAUUUUGUUUUUUUCCAGAUGGUUUCUACAUCCCUCCAUAUUUUUUUUAAAGAAUAGCAGGGACUCUUUGUUACGUCUCUGCUCUAUGUUUCAGAUGCAGUAUUUGCACAAGUAUGUAUUAUCUGUAUUGGUAAGAUUUGAAAUACAUGUACGAGAUCCAGCGGUGCAUUUAAAUUAAUUAGCAUGCCUUUCCUUAUAUGGAGAGGAUGUGAGAAUCUGGCAGUUCUUCUCAUGAAGAUAGAGCUGAAGAAUUCUCAUCCUGUAUAGGUCAAGGGUACAGCUUGCAUUCAGUACUGUGAAUAUGCAUUUUGCUUGCUCAGUGCCCUAAACUAAGAUAGGUUCUUAACAGGGCACUGGGUACUCUGCCAAAUAAGCAAAGUUGAGGCAGUAGCUCAACUGUUCCCAUAAUUAUUUUUAGAUGGUCAAAAACUGAAAACGUGUGAAUCUAUAAUAAUGCAACUGGUGAUGUGAAAAAUCCUGCACAAUCACUGUAGUAAUAAGUCAUUGCAGAAGGUCUACAAUAUUACCCUGAGUAAUGUGGCUGUGCAUCCCAAAUGUGCAAUUUUCAUUGUGUACAUACUGAAGUAUGCCCACUUGAAUGGUGGAGGGUGACUGCUUUAUUUGUUGGCUUUCAUAGUCUUGACAGACUCUUCCCAACCAAAAGUAUUUUGGUAUGUCUUAAGUAUGGACUUGCAACCAGACUUUCUAAACAAUGUAUGCAAUUUGCUGCCCCAGGACGUUAUGAUGGUAAGUAGUAUAGAUGGCUUUAAAAUCGGAAAAAAUAAGUUCAGGGAGGAUAAGGCCAUCUAAUAGUUAUUAUGGUUAUAUGGAACUUCCUGAUUCAGAGGAGAGGUACUUCGAAAUAUAAGUAGCUGAAGAGCAAUGGCACUGUGUGUUACUAUCUUCAUGCCAUGCAUGAGGAUCUCCUGGAACAUCUGACUGGCUAUUGAGAGGAGCAUGGUGCUGAGCUAGUUGGGCAAUUAUCUGAUCUGGUGGAGCUCUUUUUAUCUCCUCAAUCUUAUGAAUGCAGGUCAAUGUCUUUGAAUUUUACCCCUGUUCUCCAUUGAUGUGCUAUGGACAUGUCCUUCUGAAGGAUAAGCAUAGGGAGACAUAGAAAUAUCAAGAAUUUGGCCAUACCAGCAAAAAUUGGAAUGGCUCCACAGGCCUGAGGAAUAUAGUAUUCACCUGAAAGACUAGUUUUUCCCUAAAUAAUUUACCUUUAAAAUGGGAAAAUUCACUUAGAUGGCAAUGGAGAUAAAUUCAUUUUGUUUUUCACUGUUCCUUUUGGAGGGAAGGGACCAGCUUAAAUUCAGGACUGUUUCUCUUUUGUAUAAAUAUGGUACGUGGGUGACUGAGGUGUUUGGGUGGAGCCAGCUGCAGCACUUGUAUCAGUGUAUGUUUCUUGGGCUACAUGUUUUUUCUGUGUCCCUUUCUCACUGGAUGUUGUGAAUCCAGGAUUCCACUCCUGUCGACAGCUAAACAUCCACUUUUCAAAUAAGAAUGGUUUUUGUACUAUAGAAAAAUCAUGGUCCUGUAGGAAGCUCCAUAUUGGAUUUAAGGGUAACUGUCAGGCAGGAUAUGUUGAGAGAAUGUGGAAGAAAAGGAGACAAACAUACACAAGGAAAACCUAGAGAGACAGACAGACAGACAGACCUCUAGGUGGAAGCAAAGUAACAUAAACCAAUUGCUGAAAGGAGGCUCAAAGUACAUUUGCAAGCAAUUCUAAUGUGAAAAAGGGCAGAGGGGUGUUGUACAUCAGUUGCUCAGAAUAAGUAUACUAGCAAAAUCCUAACAGGUAAAGAAAAGACAGUUACUUGACUUCUAUUUUAUUCAAUGUACUCCAACGAAAAAGUAUGUCUAGUACCAGAAAAUGGUAAAAAACAAGAGGAAACAGGCUUGAAUCCUGAAAUUGAUAAAAAUAAUCAAGGACUAUCUAUUUACUUCUAGUUUAAUCUCAAGGACCAGAUGAAUUGCAUCCUAGAUUUCUGAAAGAAUUAGAUAAUUAUUUGACUUAAUUCUUACAUUUUAGUCAUGAAAAAUCUGGAGAAUUUGUGAAGUGUCAGAUGAUUAGAUGAGAACUAAUGUCUUAAUUUUCAGAAACGGGGGAAAGGAAGACUAGCAAAGUACAGAUCAGUCAGACUGACCUGGGAAAAUUCUAGAGGAAGCUAUGAAGAGAUCCAUGUGUAAGCACUUGAAAACAAUGUAGUAAUUUUAUCAAUAAUAAAUCUCAAUAGACAAAUAUUACCUUUUAUAUUGACUUCCUUGACAAGUUGUGAGAAUGCUAUAGACAUUUCAUAUUUUGAUUUCAGCAAAGCAAUUGAUAGAGCAUCCUCUGACAUGUUGUGUACAUGCUACAUUACAGAAUGCAGGACAUGGAAUAAUGGCUUUAAAUUCCAAGAAAGCAGAUUCUGAUUGAAUGUUGGAAAAAACUUCAUAAACCAUGCAGUUUGAGAGUAGGAACAAUAACUGAGAGGAGAUGCUCAAGUGGAAGUCAGACAGGUACCUCUCUGGGAUGUAUUAAUUUGGAUUUUUGUACUGAGCAGGGAGUUGGACUCCUUGGCCUAAAUGGCCUCUUCUAAAUGUUUAAUUCUGUGGUCUUAUUUUAUUUUAUUUUAUUUUAUAACAAAGGGGUAAGGAGGAGGACUUUAGAAUCAAUCUUGUCAAAUUAUUAGAAUUCUUUUGCUUAUAAUUUUCCAGACUUUUUUUCCUGCAACAUUUUAUAAAUGUUUAACACUACAUUAUUUUAACACUGCUAUAUGUAUGCAUUUUUUCUGUUAAUUAAUUUGGUUCAAUAAGAAUACAUUUUUAAAUAACAGAGAAUUUGAAUACUUCCCAAGCCAAUUGACAUCUUGAGCUGGUCAUCAUCUGAAUACCAUUAAGGGAUUAAAGCAAAUUAUAUCUCCACUACACUGGCUUGUCUGGACGACCAUUAUUCAUUAGAAAAGACUUCUUUGCUUUGAACACAACUGCCUAUUUAGAUUUUAUACUUUAAGACCAAUUCCAAGGUUGGCCCUUCCCAUGGCUCUUACUUUCCACCCAGAAUUAAAUUAAUUCCCUCAAUGAAAUACAGGGGAAAAUGGAAAUUUCUUGUCUGAGAAUUUUUUUCUAAGAUUCAUUGAGGGAAUUGCACUUAUUGUUUCAUUGAGAUCACAAGCAGACUUUUGGCUUUUGCUGAUAGAUAUUUGUGAAAGAUCAGCAGUAAUUCCUGAGAUGUUUCCUCACCUGUUUCCUCAAUAAAUGGCCAUCUUGUUGCAUAUAAAGUAUGUGGUGACUUUAGCCAGUUUCAUUAGUGUGUCCUAUCACUUGAUAUAUCGUCUUUCUGUUUCAACAAGGAGCUCAGAAGUCUGCAUUCUUCCACUCUGAGAGGUUGGGCAAUCCUGCCUUUCAUUUCCAAAGGAAGCACCAGCAAUUAGAGAUGGUCUCAGUAAGCUCAGAAAAACAAAAUUUUGCAGACCAAUUCCAGAAAACCCAUUAAUAUGUUUGGGAUUCGGCUGCCUUUCUUUCCAUUCCAUUCAUCAGGUACACUUCUAGAGCAAUUGCAGAAGUCAACACUGGUUAAGGAAGGAUGCUCUCCUCAGCGCUCAGUCCACCUCUCCUCCUUGGCUAAGGUUGCUGUGACUUCCAUGAGGAAAAAGAGUCUUUGUAAAUGUAGUUUUAACUACAGCUACACAAAAAGUGAAACAAUGUUCAUGUUCUUUAUAAAUCUUUCAUUACAUUUCAUAAUUACAGUACAUGAAACUGAAAAUAAUAAUUAUUUUUUAGGCUAACCACCAAUUUAAGAACUCUUGCCUGAUUAAUCAGAUUUGUAUAUGAAUAAAAAUAGCUCUUCAGGGGAAAAAAAUAGUUUGAAAUGGUGGGCAUAUCUGUAACAGCAAGAAUAAUCUUCAUAGAGGUAUUUUGAACUGUUUGAGCAAGUGUGGGAAUAUGUGGUCCUCCAGUUAUAGCUGAAAUACAACUCUCCAUUAACCUAGUUAGCAUGACUAGGAAGGAUACUAGGAGUUCUGGUUCAGCAACAUCUGGAGGAUCCCUGUCCCUUUGCUUAAGGGAGAAAAGACAAUCCCCUUGUUAAGAUGUUCAGUGUUAUGGCUAUUGUGGGAAUGUGGCAAAUCUUUCUUACCACAACAUCUUUGCUAGCUUGGGGAGCCUGCAGUUCUUGGACAGGAUGGGAAGAUGCUUCUCAAAUUUUCUGAGCCUCAGAAAUGCUUGGUUGCUAUAUUCACCAUGUGCCCCAUUACCAUUGUCUAUCAUCCUAGAAUUCAGACAUAUUUGGGGGAGCAGAGUUUCUGUUGACAUGUUUUGCAGAGAAACUGAAUCAGACUAUGAUGGAUGACAAAAAAGAUCGCUCUUUUAAAAGGUUUAGAAAGAUGGCAUAAAAAUUGCAAUUAUUACCCCAUGGCUUCUAUUUUAUGAACGUUCUCUGUUAUUAAAAAAAAAAAAAAAGGGAAAUGGCAAAGUGGCAUGUGUGGGCUUCAAAGUCACUGUGUUAUAUUCAUACCAUGGAAGCAAUAAAAAAGUGAAG